GCGGGGAGCAUGGAGAGACGCGCUCGCGGUCUGGCUUGCGCGGCGGAGCCUCCCCUGGUGUGAAGGUACCCGAGAGGCGGAGGAGCCCGUCGGGAAGAGCACGGCAGCCGCCGGACCCUCGGAGACCCCGCGCACUUGCUGCAGAUCAAAAUAAAAAAUUAUGAUAGCAACAGGAGGAGUCAUAACAGGACUGGCUGCCUUAAAGCGGCAAGACUCUGCCAGAUCCCAGCACCAUCUAAAUCUUGCGACAUCAGCAGCUACUGAAGAACAAAAGCCAGUAAAACGCCGACCCAGAGCAGACGUAGUCGUGGUCCGAGGCAAGAUUCGACUUUACUCUCCAUCAGGAUUCUUCCUUGUUCUGGGAGUGCUUAUCUCAUUUCUGGGGAUUGCUAUGGCAAUCCUUGGGUAUUGGCCUCAAAAGGAGCCUUUUCCAGAGUCUGAAUACAGCUUGCCACUAAAUGAUACCCAAGUCAUAGAAAAAGAAGAUGGAAUUAUAAUUCGUUUCUUUGAACAGCACUUGCAUUCUGAUAAGAUGAAAAUGUUGGGGCCUUUCACUAUGGGGAUUGGAAUCUUUAUAUUUAUUUGUGCAAAUGCUAUGCUCCAUGAAAACCGUGACAAGGAGACAAAAAUCAUACACAUGAGAGACAUCUAUUCCACUGUCAUUGACAUACAUACUCUGAGGAUCAGCGAACAGAAGCAGCUAACUGCGGCCUACACAGGCUUAGCGGGGGAGAAUGAAGUCAAGCACAAUGGAAGUUCUUACGCAUCACGGCUGGCUGCAAAUACAAUUGCACCCUUCUCAGGCUACGCAAGCAACUUUCGAAUAGACAGCAGUGCUGAGGAGGAUGAAAUUGCUGCUAGUGAUGGGAAAAACACUACUCAUCUUCUGCCACCUUUGCUUACCGAGCGCUCUGGUUCAGUCUUCGGCCUUUACCCUCACUCCGGAAAGCCAAAGGAUGAUAGGAGUAGCAGCUCUUUAAAGUGUGAAACGAAGUCAAUUGUGUCAUCCUCCAUCAACGCUUUCACGUUACCUGUAAUUAAACUAAAUAACUGCGUUAUUGAUGAGCCCAGUAUAGACAACAUCACUGAGGAUUCUGUUAGCACUAGAGGCAGGCCUAGAAAUUUAUCUAUGGACUCUCUACCCAUACCAUCAACUCAUACCAAUGACAUGUACACACAUUCCAGCACAUUGAUACCUAGAAACAGUUUAUAUGGAGACUCCUCAUCCAAAUCUUCUAUGAAUCUUGGGCCCAGUACAGGAAAGCUUCUGUCACCUGGUGCAGCCAGAAAGCAGUUUGGGUCCAACACCUCUUUGCAUCUUUUGUCUGUGCACUCAAAAUCCCUAGACUUAGAUAGGGGCCCUUCUACUCUGACUGUCCAAGUUGAACAAAGAAAACACCCAAGUUGGCCAAGACUGGACCGGAGCAACAGUAAAGGUUAUAUGAAACUAGAAAACAAAGAAGAUCCAAUGGACAGGCUGCUUGUGCCACCAGCAACAGUCAAGAAGGACUUUACUAACAAAGAAAAACUUCAAAUGAUUUCCAGAUCACAUAAUAAUUUGAGUUUUGAACAUGAUGAGUUUUUGAGUAACAACCUAAAACGUGGAACUUCUGAGACAACGUUUUGACGAGGGAUUAAAAUUAAUGUGUCAGUAUUUUUUUUAGCAAAACGAAACAUUUUGACGUGAUUCUUUUUUGGUUUGGUUUUCCAGUGAAACUGCCACAAGCCUGUUUUUACCAAAUGUUUCUAUCUGAUUAAAAUGGCCUUGUGUUAGCAAAGGUGUUAUUUUUCACCUCUGCAGUGCCAAGUGUUUAAUGUCAAGCAGCUUGUUCAUCAAAACACUGCACUGGCAUAGUGACGGUUGGAUGGUGUUCGUGCUUGGAUGGUAAUUGGAUGGUGGUUUGAGAAUUGAUAUCUUCUUAAUUUACAAUUGCAAUACUGUAUAUUAUCACUGCUCAACAUAUCUCAGAUCCUUUUCCUCCCAGUCAUUACUCUUUUUGUUUCUAUGUAAGCAUGCUAUCUUUCAUUACUGUGAGUCAACAAUACGAGCUGACUGAAUAAGCUUCGAUGUUCAGAGCCAUCAAGUGAUGGCAACAUGUUAACAAUGGUGCUUUUAACUGGAGAUGGAGAUGGAUGGAAGGUUUGCUGUGGUGGAGCCAAAUUUAGACCAUCAGUAUAUCCAGUGGGAAAAUUGACUGUUUUCCUUUUAAAAGAAAGAAUUCUACAUCAGCAGGAUUCUGUUAAAGGAAUAAUAGGAUUCUAGUUUAUAUAGAUUCUAUUCUGUAUUGAAACCUGCUUUCAAAGCUUUUGAAUGAGGUGUGCCAUGUGGGUAUUAGUGUUUUGAGUAGCAUGAAUGAGUCCAAGUUUCCCUUGGGCACAUGAAACUAGUUCAUGGUUUUUCUUGGAAUCCAAAGCGUAAAGUAGAUAAUGAGUAUCAUCCGCAAGGAUAUUUCUGCCGUGCAAUAAACACAUAGCAUAUUAUCUGUUUAGUAACAGCUCAUCCCCACUCCAAGCAGGGAAUGCACAAAGAAAUCUCCUUACAUAUGAUAGUAAUAAUGCAUUGUCUAAUAUUAGUAAAAACUGCUACCAUGUUGAUUAGGAUUUGGGAGAAU